AUGGCUGUCGCUGUAGCAGAGGCUGUGUCUUGUAUUUUGCAGUGCAUUGGUGUAGUUUGUCUUUGCAUUGCUGGUAUCGUAGAAUGGGCUAAAAAGGCUUUUGCCGUUGUGACAAAAAUAGUGACCUGUGGGCAAGGAUGGCAAGGCUUUUUUAUGAACUGCUUGACGUUUUUCAACUCCGAAGAGGACCCAGAUUUUAAAGACUUCGAUCUUCCAGAAGCAGAAAAUCGAACAGUAACGGACAUGCCUUCACUUGUUUUAUUCAUAACAGUUUUAUUAGGUAUGAUGGCUGGAAUGAACCGAGCUAUAGCCUACGGAAAACCUGAAGUUUAUUUUCAGGGAAUUGACUCGUGGGGAAAUAUAUGUGGAUACGAAAAUCUGCCCAUUACGGGAUCUGUAUUUUCAGGAAGAGAUAUGACUAAAUUUGACAAAUUGCUUAUUUUCGAUUUUCUCAGUCGUUCGUCUGUCUUAACCUCUGGUGACGCCGUUGCGAUGUCUGAAAUACCGUUUACUACAUCAAUAUGUGUUGAGCAUUGUCCUCUUAUUACAAGAACAUUUGAUUGCUGGGAAUAUCUUGGAAUAAAAUCUAUAUAUCCAAACGUAAUAAAUGAUUUGCUUUGUAGAUCUGCAGAAAGAGAAUUGAAUACGGUGAGAAUGAGAACACUCUCCUUCUCAGAACGAAACUCUCGGUGCGUACCGGACGUCGUUUCUGAAUCCAUAUCAGUUGAAAAACAGAACAAGAUGCUCAGCCUUUAUUCUACGCAUUGGGUUCAUAACGUCAUCGCCGAUUGUGGCACUUGUGCCGCAGAACUAACCUGGAUGACACUGAUUGCUGCUGGAUGUACCAUGAUUUUUAUCUGUGUCAUACAAAGCGCCUCAGAUACUAUAUGUUGGUUUAGCUUUUCUUCAUUUACAUUCGUGGGUUUAAUAUCUUCUAUUUGUAUGUGGUAUAUGUAUUCCGGUAUUAGCGCUAACGACUCCGCAACGGUACUCUAUUCCGCAGGAGAAAGCGACAUAAUGAACAGUGAUUUUGCACAUGGAAAUUUGACGGGGAACCAAUGGAAACCUCACCACCUUCAAAGUCCAAAACAAACUAUUUCCCGAAACUCUGUUCCACAAGCAGGGUAUUCUAUUGUUUUCCGUGACGCUUCAAUUUAUGUGACUUUUUUCACACUAUUUCUCACUUUUAUCUGUUGUCUUGUCGGCAAGCGCAACAUGGAUGCAGCGGCUGCUCUUUUUAGUAUAGCGAUUCGAGCCAUGAUAAAAGUUCGAUGGAUCUACAUCCUACCUGUUGUAACCUUAUGUUCAGUCAGUUUUGCAGCAGGUCUAUUUCUCUACACGGUAAAUUUACUGACUGCUGUGUUCAAAGACGAUAUAAGUAUUGUUGAAGAUACCAUCUACAAAUUCCCACGCGCUGUGAUAGAGGAGGAUCUUGUGUACACAAACUGGGUACUUCUUUUUGAGUUUUUAGCAUUUGCCUGGCUUUUCAACUUCAUUAUGGCAUGUCAAACGCUGAUUGCGUGUUCUGCUAUAUCAAGCUGGUAUUUUAUAAAAGACAAAGAAGAUCUGGACAGACCAUUAAGAAUAGGAAGUUCUCGAUUGCUGCGAUGCCACUUGGGAUCUGCCGCCGCUGGUGGUUUAUUAGUCGGAUUCCUGGGAUGGAUGAGAGCUCCGUUCAGUUUUCUUCAGUCACGGUUAAAUCGGGCAUUACUGAGUGGCGGGGAUGAGCCACAACCCAUCGAUGAUUCACAACCUUAUUCUGAUUAUUAUGGGAAACCAUAUAGCGUCCAAUAUGAUUACGAAAAGGGCAAAGACCAAACUUCGAAGAAAAGCAUUUCAGGUGAUAACGUUCCGGCGGCUUCCAAAGGACCAGAGGAGGAGCCAUAUUAUUCUGACCGUGGAGAAGCUGAAGUAAAUAGCAAAUAUUCCAAAAAUUCCGCCAACACGAAAUACUCAAAGCACUCCUCUGCAAGUCAGACGCAGCCAAAGCCACCUCAAAGUUUGGAGAUUCCUGUCAAAUAUAUACGUUUCGUCGCUCAAUUAUUUUCUCCUUGCUUUUAUGUCCUGAACAACUUGUUGAUUUACAUAAGUGAUAUAAAUUUCAGUAUUGUUGCAUUGAAAGGAUCGUCUUUUAUACAAGCUGGAUUUGACGUCCGGGAUAUGCUAGUGAAAGACCCGAAACUCAAAGGUCUUGGUGCUAUUUCAAGUUUUUCCCUAUUUCUUGGGAAGUUGUCUGUUGUAAUCGUUGUUUUACCGUUUGGUUUUUUAUUCUUGAGAAAUAAAGAAGGAGUUUUUAUUUACGGAUAUCCGCUCGCAAUGAGUGCUGCAAUUUCAUUUGUUGUUGCCCAUAUAUUUCUCUCUUUAUUCAAUGCAGCCGUCGGAACAAUAUUUGCGUGCUUGAUGGAGGAUCGUGCAUUGAAUGAUGGAUCGGUAGAGAAUCCAUAUUUUGGUGACGAAAAAUUAAUCAUGAAAUUUCACGAGAUAUUACACGUUGGCGACUCGGAUGAUGAUACGCCUGAUUUUCAUUAUGCAUAUGAGUUUCCUAGACCUGCAAAUAGGAAAAAGGCUGCCAGAGAUGCGCAUCGGUCGGGAUCUGAAUUAGGUUCAAGCAAGGCUUAUUCCAACGAAGCUGUUGAUAGUCAGCCAAAACCUAAGAAGAAAACUGCUAAGAAAAAGAAAGGUAACAAGAAAGCAGACAUUGACAAUAUGCCGCCAGAUCAUUCAUCGAUGUUUUUGCUGAUGCCAAAGAAAAACCAACCAGGGGACAUGACUGAAAAAUUGUCGUCGUCUGGACAUACAACAUCAUACGAAGAAGUUGAAGAAAAAAAAGUUCGGAAAGCAAAGAAGGAAAAGCGACAUACUACUCAAACCAAGUUACAACAUGAGAAAAGACAGACAAAGGAUGAAAAUUCUGUUUAUUCAGAUAGUUAUUCAACCAGAUCUCACAGGCACAGGCAUAGUAAAAGGCAUCAUUAUGCAGAUGAUCACAGACAUCGAGAAAGUCGAUCAUAUUCAGGAUCGGGAGGAAGUGGAGGCCUAUUGGGAAACUUGUUUGGCGCAGUUGCAAAUAGAAGAAAUCAAGAUAAUGAGGAUAGUGAUGGUGGAUUUGGUGGCUUUGAUGACUUUGGAGGUGACGAUGAUGAUGAUGAUGAUGACGGAGGUGGCGACGAUGAUGACGGAGGAGAUGAUAUGGGAGGCGAAGAAAAUGAAAAAGACAAGGCUGAGAAGACCAAGGAAAAGAAAGAUAAAGACAAGACUAAAACGAAAGACAAAAAUAAACAAAAAACUGACAAGAAAAAAAAUAAGAAAGACAAACCGAAAAAAGACAAGCCCGAGAAGAAACAAAAGACAGAUAAAAGUGGAAAGAAGACAAAGGGUGGGAAAUCAGACAAAAUAAAGGACAAACCAUCCAAAAAAGCCAAACCGACGAAAAAAGACAAGGGCAAAACUCCGAAGGCAAAACCCAAAAAAGCUCCAAAAUCUGCCAAGCCAAAAGGGAAAGCGGGUAAAAUGAAAAAGCCGAAAUUGGGAAAAAGCAAGAAGCCGAAACUUGGAAAGGGUAAAAAACCGAAAUUGGGGAAAAUGAAAAAACCUAAAAUGAAAAAACCCAAACUUGGCAAAAUGAAGAAGCCUAAAAUGAAAAAACCCAAACUCGGCAAAAUGAAAAAGCCUAAAAUGGGCAAAAUGAAAGGAUUUAAGAAGCCUAAAAUGGGAAAAAUGAAGGGUUUCAAGAAGCCAAAAAUGGGCAAAAUGAAGGGUUUCAAAAAGCCUAAAAUGGGAAAAAUGAAAGGAUUUAAAAAGCCUAAAAUGGGCAAGAUGAAGGGGUUUAAAAAACCUAAAAUGGGGAAAAUGAGAGGUAUGAAAAAACCAAAAAUGGGUAAAAUGAAAGGCUUCAAAAAACCAAAGAUGAGAAAAAUGAAAGGCCCAAAAAUGAAAGGCGGUGGUAAAAUGAGGGGAGGCAUGAAAGGAGGCGGUAGGAAGAUGGGUGGGGGUAUGAGAGGAGGAGGUGGUGGUAAAAUGGGUGGUGGAGGAGGAAUGGGUAAAAUGAAAGGAGGAAAGAUGGGGAAAAUGGCAAAAGUUGGAAAAGGACUUGGAAUGGCCGGAGCAGUUAUCGGUGGCGCAGAGGGAGCAGCAAAUAUUGGAAAUGCGAUGUUACGCAUCACUGGCAAGAAAGAAGCUUUCAAUGAUAAAGUUAACGAUGUGACAUUUGGAACCAGAAAACGAGCGAAGGCAGCUACAGCGAUGCAGACAAUCAUGGGAGGCGGCGGAGGUUUGCGUCAAGCAAUGCAAGAUGUAGAUGCACAAUUUGAUGAAAUGGAGGCGGAACAGAAACGUGAGAGAAAGCGACAACGAAAACAAGAGAAACGUGAAAAGGCGAAUAUGCAAAAUCUCUUACAACAGAGACUGAUGGCACGAAAAAGACAACGACCCUGAAGUUAAUAUUUACAUUCCUAUUAUGUUUCCGGUUGUUUAUGUUUACAUGAUUUGAAAGAACUAUAAAUCUUGUUUAGAAAAAAACAAUAUUAAACGUUUAAUACGCA